AUGUCUGUCAAUGAGCUCAUUGCCAAAUUUCAUUUUUCCAAACUUCUCAAUGGAAAUCCCCAGACCAAAUCGAUUGUCCUUUUAGGAUCCAUCGACGAUCAGAAUGCUAUUGUCACGAUUGAGAAAUCACACUUUUUAGUAGAUCAUGAAAAAGACUUCAGUCUUGCUAGCCUUGUUCAAGAUUCAGAAAUCAUUAACCAGAAUGAUAUAUACUAUUGGUCCAAAGUGUUGUUGGCUCAAAACUUGAAUGAUUCUCCUUCUGCAAAAUUGAACUUGAUAUUUCCCGCUACAGAAACCCACAUAAGAAAGUAUGCUGGUCAGAAUCAUCAUUAUGUACGUGAAACCCCAGAAAUGUACAACAAGUUUGUUGUGCCAUACAUCGAAUCGCAGAAAGGAGACAGAAUAAAAUGGGUCUAUAAUAUUCUCUUCGAAGGUAAGGAAUCGGAAACGUUUGUGUAUCACGACACAGAUCCCGUUACUGGAUUUGUGUUGUUGCCGGACAUGAAAUGGGACACUAUCAAUAUGGAGUCGUUAUACUUGUGUGCAAUUGUCAAUAGAAUGGAUAUCUCAUCAGUGAGAGACCUUAACUCAUCUCAUAUUGAGUACUUGGUAAAUAUCCAGAAACUAAUUAAGAAGGUAGCAACCGAAAAGUUCGCUGUUCAAAAGGAUGAAUUGAGAAUAUUUAUACAUUACCAACCUUCUUACUAUCACUUUCAUCUUCACAUAGUCAAUGUGAAGCAUCCAGGACUUGGUGAUGGGAUAGCAGUGGGAAAGGCUAUUCUUCUUGACGAUGUCAUUGAAAACAUCAAGGUUACGGGAGACUACUAUCAAAAGCGCACUAUUGGAUACUUACUAGGUGAGAACCAUGGCCUAUGGAAUAUAGAUGGAUACAGAGAAGCUCACCAGGACUCUAUCGAUAAUUAA